ACCUGAUUCCUCGAAAAGUAAUUUUCUUGUCUCUCCUGCUGAUUUGUGAAAUAAACAAUAAGCAAUAAACGAUACUGUCUGCAUUAAUCAAUAAGAACAGGAUACUCAGUAAAAAUAGCGGCUAUGUUUACAUGGUAAAGAUUUAAAUGACAAUUAUAAAUUAAAUUAUAAACAAGAAUAGAUGUGAAAUUAAACGAAAUGAGAGCUAUAUUAAUAUUCGAUCAUCUGAAUGAUGUGUUGUUUGCAAAAUGCAAUAAAAAAUUCGCUAAUCACAUCUUGAAACUGGCAACAAUACAAGGAUUACUCGAUGACAAGGAUACUAAAGAUUUGGAAAAUUUUAUACUAAGUCCCAACAUUAUAAUGCAGCUGUUUUCACCCAUUGUUACCUCUCAGCAUGUAAUGGCUUCACAAUUUGGAAACUCCUAUACUUCCAUGAAAUUUCAAGAUGGAACCAAUAUGGUAUUCGAUGAAUAUAUAGGCUACAUCUUCAUAUAUAUUGCCAUGAAAGAGGUAGAACUCAUGAAACGUACACUGGGAGUAUGUGUAUCCAUUGUACGGCAUGUGUGUGGUCCAGAUAUUGCAAUAUUGAAGACCAAUUGGCAAAAAGUGUGCCUAGUAUCUUCUUUGAUGGACGCAUGGUCUAAUUUAAGAAAUUGCGAACAGAGUAUACUGACGGAAGCGGUGGAACAAUUGUCUGUGAAUACAGAGGUAGCUUCCUCAGUCCUCAAGGUGCUGCAUGAUGCCUGUGACAAGCUAAAAAAUUCACAGCCCGAAUUUAGCAAUCUGCAUAUGCUACUUUUAGUGGAUUCUAAAUUUUUGUCACUAUACUCCAGCAAGAACGCUCAUGAUUUAUAUGCUUCGGAUAUUUUAUUGAUGAUACUAUUGUGUUGGGUUAUAAAUAAUAAACGAAAGCAUGAUCGAUUGGAAAGUAAUGAUGAUAAUGUGGGCAAUGAUGAUGACAAUGAUAUCCUAUUACCAGAGAGUAGUGCUUCCAAAAGUGAUGAGACGAAAUUAAACUUUGGAGCUAAACUGGCUGCUCCUACUUCAGAAGAUAUUACAGAUCUUUUUCGAGGUUCGAGAGAGUCUUCCGUGAACGAAGGUCUUUCAUCUUUGACUGACGAUGAUCUUUAUAGUCAAUUACUCCUUCUUGGCUGCCAGCAUAACUACACAGCUAACGCAGUUCACAUCUUUGAAUUAUCAGACUCCAUCAAUCUAAUAACAAUCGUCGAAGCUACAAAUCUUUCGAUUUCUUCAGGAUUAUGCGAUAGUUUCCAUUAUUUAAAUCUGAUAAACAAUCUGCAGUUUCAACGAGAUCUCGAUGAAUUAAAGCCUGCUUUUGAGAACCUUGAUGUAGCAAUAAAAAAGAUGCUGGAAGGAAUUAAAAAAAAUCGUUCUAAUGUCGGUAACGAUGUCGAUAUGUGUCAGAAAAGAUUGCAAACUAAGUGGGAUUUUGUUCGAAAAAAAUAUAGCGAUCUAUUGCGCUCUAGAGAUCUGGAAGUGGUUUUGCAGAUCGAGGCUAAUACUUCCGGCUUUCUGGAAACUCUGAAAGAAUUAUUACGUUUGACUUGUUUUGAUAGAAAUUUUCUAAAGCAAGGAAUCGAUGUGCUAACGACGGUUGGUAGACUCGUGAGACAGAAACUGAAUGAUUUCAGCGAUUUUCUGAAAGUUAAAGCUCUGAAGAACUUCACACUAGGAUCUUCCCUAACUAUCAACAAGUAUCUUGAAGAGUUUCCGGGUUUGGUACACUUUAUCUACAUCGACAGGACGACCCAUAGACUCGUUGCACCUACGUUAGAUUUCACGAGUACAGAGACGCUCGCUCUCACGAUGAAAAAAAUUUGGAAUAUGGUCGAGCAAAGCAGAAUGCAUUUACAAGAAGGUCAUUUAUCAAUUAUGUGGAAAGAUACUACAUUCAAUUAUUCCUAUUUUCUGUGGUUUGAGGACAAUUCUGGCUGUUCACCGCCAAAAUGUAAAGUCUAUCUCAAUUAUGUGAUGAAAAAUUUUCCGAUACCGGGUAUACUUUGUGGAGAUUAUUACAGAAAACUAACCGAGACGUGCUUUCCUAAACUUUCACCGAGCAAGGUUCGGAUUUACGAACUGUAUUGCGUACAUUUAGGAUUAACCACAUCAACAUGUGUUUUGGAACAUUCUCGAAGACUAGCAGCUACUAUCUGGGAAGUUACCGGAAUACCAAAUAAUCUUGCAGAUAUAUUCUAAAUCCCCAAAUAAAAGUCUUUGAUUAGCAUUAUGUAAUUUUCAGAUAACUUAUUCUUCAAAUUUUGAAUAUAUUUCAAGCCGUCAUCUUAUAUUUUCGAGUAUUUCUUUUGAAGUAUUUGGAUUUCUGUGAUAUUUGUUAUAUAUUCUUAUAUUUUCUUUUCUAGUUUCCAUUAUUUUAUAACGAUGUUUUAAUACUUUGACUCGCACAUAAUUAUACUUCCGUAAAAUUUCUAACAAAUGAAAUAAAAAUGCAUUUUAUUAAAACACACAA